UAUUUGUGCAACAACAACAAACGCUAGCGGUAGUGCGACGCACGGUAUUUUCGCCAAGGCAAUUUAAUUUUAUUAAACGCUCGCUGGUGCUUCGUUUUAUUCGUGAGCUUGCUGGUCAACAAACAAGCUUGAACGUGACUCGACUUUAAGCUUCAUAAUAUAAAGAGCACCUUUGUGCAACUACAACAACAAUAAGAGAAGCUUCGUUUCGUGCAUUCGCCCCUCAAUUUUUAGUUGCUUGUCUUUCGUGCGCGCAUUUCCAAGAAAAACGUUAAUUUUGUUGUUGUUUAAUUUAUGCGAAAUUACACAAAAUAGAUGUGAGAAGGAAUAUGUAACAAAAUAAAAACGCUCGCACGCACACACUCUUAACAGCAAUAGCACAAUUACAACGAAAAAGGGGCAAAGCCGUGGAAAAUUUGUGCAAAAAACUGUGACGACAGCAGCAAAUAGCAAUUUCAACGUAGGGAAAGAGCAUUAUUGAGUGAGUGUGUGUUCGAGUGUGUCUGUGUGUGUGUGUGGGGGCUAAAUUAAUAUUAAGCGGUUGCCUCCUGCACCUCGGCCAUUAUGACAGUGAUGAUGGCCAAUUUCCAUGAAGCAGCAGCAGCUCAGCAAUGUUGGCAAAUCAUCCAAAGCCAGCUGCUCUUUCAGCGAGUGUAAACAAAGCAGCACACAUACACGCAUACUCACGCACACAGACGCAAACGCAGCGAGACAGCGACGACGUCGUCGUCCUUCACCUUGCGUCGUUGCCACCGCAAUCGCCACCUUCAGCUGCUGUCCCACGAAGUGUGCACACAUAUUGAGUUUCAUUUGCCAUCUUCUCGCAACCUGUUCACAAAAAGACAGGAAGUUUCGCAAAGUGCAGCCAGCAGCAACAACAACAAUACAACGACAACGGAAGCGUCAACGCUUCGCUGCUUCUGUGACUUCUGCAGCUGUUCCCAAAAUCUACGACUGCAGCUGUUCCCAAAUCUACCAAAAUAUACUCGACGUCUGCAGUUGUUCUCAAUAAAAUACUAAUACACGGUUGGUAAACGCAGGAGACGAGAGAUGGGGUCACCAGCUGGCGGGGAUGGAGGUCAGAGCGAGACCGCCUGGCUGGAGGAUUUGCUGCGCGAGGUGCAGCUGGAGCAGUUCCUCGAGCGCAUACGCGACGAUCUCCAAGUGACGCGACUUGCGCACUUUGACUACGUGCUGCCCGAUGACCUGGAACGCUGUGGCCUGGGGAAGCCGGCGAUACGUCGCCUCAUGGAGGCGGUGCGCAAGAAGAAGGCGCAUCAAUGGCGCAAGAAUAUACUCUCGAAGCUGAUUGGCGGCGGCAAGCAGCCCUCAUCGAAGAAGCAAUCCCAGCAGCAACAGCAGCAGCAACAAACACAGCCGGGAGCACUCACUUGCCUCAUCCACGAGAAGGACAUCACGCUGGGACUCAAGCUAGGCGAUGGCUCCUUUGGCGUGGUGCGUCGUGGCGAAUGGAGCGCCUCGCCGGCGGGCAAAGUGCUGCCCGUGGCUGUUAAGGUGCUCAAGUCGGAUAAUCUCACGCAGCCUGGGAUCAUUGAUGACUUCUUUCGCGAGGUGCAGGCCAUGCACGCUCUGGAUCACUCGAAUCUGGUGCGUCUCUAUGGCGUUGUGUUGUCGCAGCCCAUGAUGAUGAUCACCGAGCUGGCGGAGCGUGGCUCCUUGUUGGAUACACUCCGCAAACAGUGUCGCCACACCUCGCUCACCCACAUCUGGAACUGGUCCGUGCAGAUUGUCACCGGCAUGGCGUACCUCGAGCAGAAGCGUUUCCUUCAUCGGGAUCUUGCGUGUCGCAAUGUUCUGCUGACGGCGGCCAAUAAGAUUAAGAUUGGUGACUUUGGUCUGAUGCGUGCGCUGCCCCAGGAGGAUGAUUGCUAUGUCAUGUCCGAGCACAAGAAAGUUCCAUUCCCUUGGUGUGCACCCGAAUCGCUGCGUUUUCGUCAAUUCUCACACGCCUCCGACACUUGGAUGUUUGGCGUCACACUCUGGGAGAUGUUUAGCUUCGGCGAGGAUCCCUGGGUGGGUUUGAAUGGAUCGCAGAUCUUGCGCAAGAUUGAUCGCGAGGGUGAGCGUCUGCAUCAACCGGACGCCUGUCCACCGGAUGUCUACGCUAUGAUGCUGCAGUGUUGGGACAAAACGCCUGCCGAGCGACCCACUAUGGCAGCUCUCAAGGAAUACCUGGCGAGCAUGUCGCCUCCCGUGCUGCGUGCCUCGCGUAGCUACCACGAUGCCAAGGGACUCCAGAUCGAAGCGGGCGAUACGAUUGCCAUCAUCGAUGGUCGCUCCGAGCUGAAGCUGAUCAAGGGACAGAAUCAACGCACCUACGACAUUGGCGUCUUUCCACGAGGUCUCCUCGAGCAGCGGCGUCUCAACGAUGUGCCACUGCGCAGCAACGGAGCGCAGUUUGGCUUCUGCUGGGGCGGCGCAGGAGGUGCCACAGCGGCGAUGGCCAAUGGCGAUGAGAGGCAGCGGAAAUGCGUCAGCUUGUCGGCUUCGAAGACGACGGCGGCGCAUGCCAAGGAGUCGAAGAACAAUUCGAGCAAACAGUUUGCCUACAACAAGCUGGUGAACGAGGCCGCUGGACUGCAGCGUCGCAAUGCGGUGAAGCAGCGCGUGGCAUCGGGAGCAACUGGUCCACAGCGUCCGCCGCCACCGCAGCAGCAACAGCAGGAGGGCAUACUCAUUGACAUCUCACCGGAGCUGCGUCCCAUGGCGAUGGCAACAACAGCUGGCGACAGUUCGUCGCUGCAGCUGGACAGUUCCUUCUGUCUGCUCGAUGCACCCAUCGAUGUUCCCACGGAUGCGGGAGCUGGCGGCGUGACUUAUGCCUCCUCGGGUCCGAAUACGCCAACCUAUUUCAAUGAGCAGCCGCAGUUUGACUUUGUGCGUCAGGAGGAGACGUCGCCAGCUCGUCUGCAGCCGCCGCCGUAUCAAAUGCCGCCCACCUACUCCAACACGAUGGAGUUUGCCCAGAAGCGGGAGCCUAAUCGUGAUCCCUUCGACACCAGUCACAUGGAAUCGCCAUCGAAUGCGUUGAUGCUCUACUCGAAUACUUUGGCAGCGGGCAACGAAGCAGCUGCUGCUACUCCGCCUGCUCCUGCUCCGCUCUACAGCAGUCCGUCGGUGCGCAAGAGUCUCUUUGGCAACGCCAACAAGGAGAAUAUUCCCGCCUUGGAGUCCGCUGCCAUGCAGUUUAAUCUAAGCAAUCUUUCGCUGGAGGCGACGCAGCCAACUAUGGAACAGCAUUCGCAAUCACAGCCACAGUCGGACAGCAUGCUGCUGGACAAAUCGUUCAUAGCCGAGCUGGAGAAGGACAUGUACAGCGGCAGCAGCAGCAGCAAGGCGCAGCAGGAUUAUCAACGCAACACGUCCGGCAUGUAUGCCAACAAAGAGAUUGUCUACAAGCAGAAUCUGACGCCACUCAAGAACGCCGAUGGCCAGUCGAAUCACUCGAGUCCGCUCUCGAAUGCCAGCGAAGUUUCGCCCACGCCCAAGCAAAACAAUGUGGAGCAAUCUGGCGUGGCGUCCACACAAUCGCUGGUGAAUCGCAUCUGGUAUGAACGUGUGGCGGCGCCAUCCGAGUACUAUGCCCAACCGCCGCAGGAGACGGCGACACAACUGGCUGCCAGCGAGCAGAUCUAUCAAAAUCAUCAGCAGCAAGCGUUGCCAGCGGCGGAGACACAUCACUCCUUUGUGGCCAUCUCGAAUCGUGUGGUCGCAUCACCGCCCAGCAACAACAGUGUCUAUGCCUCUGCCGCCUCAAUCUAUGGCAGCGUGGAACGCUAUGAUGCAGUGGCCGCCAGCACAGCGGGUUCCACCUACUAUGGUCAGGUGCCCAAUGGCAAUGGUGCCAUCUACGACGAAGUCACGCUCGACGAUUACUUGCGUCCCCAUCGUCCAGCUCCGUUGGCACCGCCGCCGCUUUCGGCACAGCAAAUCCAGCGGCGACUGGACAAGAUGCGUCAGCAGCAACAACAGCAGCUGGAGGGCGCCCAUCAGCUGUAUGCUCCGGUGCCUGCGGAUGCGCAACGGGAGCAGGAGAAGCUGCAGCAGCUGUUGCAGGAACUGGGCAGCUCUGCCGUCGAGCAGGAUGUGCGUAAUGCUUUGCGUGCCGCGAGUGGCGAUGUACAGCUGGCCUUGAGGCACUACAAGAUCGAUCAGUUGAGUCGUCUGGGCGUCGCUGGACGAGCACAAUGCGAACAGGCUCUACAGCAAUGUGGUUGGAGUCUUGAUGUCGCCGCUGAGCUGCUGCUGCAGUCGACCGUGGGCUAGGUUUUAAGUUUUGCAUGCCAGGAGUAUUGUAUUGACCUUUUAGUCUUGUAAUUUUAUUUCACUUAAGUCGCGAUAUAUCUCGAAUUAUUUUCGCAAAAUACUCGGCAAACAUUUGCUUGAACUUCAGUAAACAAUUAACGACUCUAUACAAACACACACACACACAAGAAACACUCACAUAUAUAACAUAUAUAUAUAGAUGUAUAUCUUUUAUAUAUGUUUCCUUGUUUUAGUUUAAGAGCAACGAUUUGAAAUGAAUUUUUGUAAUUGUUAUUGCAUUGCAUACUGGAAACUAGUUGGAAUGCAAGUGAAAUGAUUUGCACGCUAUUUUACACAAAAACAAGAAAGUCUCGACGGCUACGGCUGCUCUAAAAUGCCUGCGAAAGGGCUACAUUUUAGUUAGUUAUUAAAUCAAUAAAUUAUAUGGUAAUUGUUACAAAA